CAGGUGGGCCUCUUGAGCAGUUUGGUGCUGGCUGCCGGUGCUUGGGGCGCUUGGGCCUCCCACGUUUGGGUGGACAGCGAGGAGGCCUCCAAGGGCGGCCGUGAGGUGUGGGGACUUCCCACCUCGCAGUGUGAUAUCAGCAUGCAGACGUCAGACGAGGAUGGGAAGGUGCUGGGCUUCGGUUUUGCUCCGCUCCUGCAUGUCGGGGACGGCUGUGGGCCUUUGGGUCGUGUGGAUCGCAGUGCCCGCGUUACCGUGGGCCACCCACCGUGGAUGGACAAGGCAAGCAGCAGAGUCGACGUGACUCUACCAAAUUUGAGUGGUGGCCUCUCAGAUGGCCGGAGCGGAUACACCGACGUGCUGUCCUACCCAUUGAGGCUCCAGGCUCGAAGCUGGCGGCUACUUCCGGGUGCCGAGGUGUCUGGAGCCAGCGGCAUCGUACCACGAGCCGACGUUUCGCAGUGGCUUCCUCUUUUCAGCAUCGAGCUGAGUGACGUUGAGGUCAAUGCAGGACCCAAGCCUGGACAAGAGUUUGUUUGUGCUGUCCUGCUUCAGCUCGAUGGCAUGUUCGAGGCAGUGAAGGCCAAGCUUGAGAAUGGCUGUGGUUUGAUGGACCUUGCGCCCGUGUGCUUUGCUUUGCUCACAUCUUCCAUUUCGUCAUCAGCGAUGCCGGCGAAUGACAGACUGCGCCAUCACAAUGGUGGAUGCCUGGAUGCCGAUUUCGUGCCCAUGGCAGAAGGUAAGCCGGAUGGAAUGCAGGCACUCUUUGAUGCCAUGUCGGCAGCAGUGAAGGCCAAGGGCCCUGAGAUGGUGAAGCUUGGCGGCGCGGUGGCCCGGAUGAAAGUUAUGCACCUGCAGCCUCACCAAUCGACCCAGGUCUUCCAGUUCGUGAUCAGCGAUGGCGGCGACGCCGGCAAGUUCGUCCUGGACCUGAAGAACGGCAGCGGAUCAGCCAAGGCUGGUGAAGAGGGCAGUGCUGACUGCACCAUUACCAUGGCGGAUGCUGACUUCAUGGCCAUGGCAGAAGGCAAGCUGGAUGGCAUGCAGGCCUUCAUGGGCGGCAAGCUGAAGAUCAAGGGCAACAUGAUGCUGGCCCAGAAGCUCCAGUCCAUUCUGGAAGCCGCCAGGUGA